GUUCACAAAGACAAAAUUCCGGAGAGAGAGAGAGAGAGAGAGAGAGAGAGAGAGAGUAGCGGUAGUGAAUCUAAGCUAUGUCGGAUCCUUACGAGAGGGUGAAGGGUGGAAGGUUAGCGUUUAAAGGAGGCGAUCUAGCCACGAUCAAAAAGAAUAAGAAGCAAAAGCAAAAGAAGAACAAGAACAAGGAUAAGCUCGACGACGGUGCCGAUGUUGAAAAGAUGACUCCCGACGGUGCAGCCACUUCCUCCGCCGCAGAUGGUAAAGACGAUAUCUACUCUAUCGACGCCGCGAAGAAGAGGAAGUACGAUGAGCUUUUCCCCGUGGAGGCAAAGAAGUUCGGUUACGUUCCCAAAUCGAACUUCGAUUCGGUUGUAGAGGCUCUCGACGAUCGAGUCAAGAAGAAGGCCGAUCGCUACUGUAAAUAGAAUCUUUUGCAUCUCCUUUUGUUGAAUCUACUGAACUUUAUUUGCUACUCUCUCAUAAGCUACUUUUGCAACGAUGCGUAAUUUCAUAUAAUGUUUGAAACUGGUUAAUUUGGAAUCCAAAUUUGGUAUUCAUCC